UCUGUGUGAGAGCUCACAGAAGCAGACGCUGUUGCUGCUACUGCAGGCACUACACAUCAGAGCACACUUUGGAUUUUGUGUCAUUCUAAAACUUUGCCUCAUCAGAACUACAAAUUUCCAGAGGAAACUUUGCCAGACAGCAGCAAAUCAGUGAGUUCUCCAGGAAUAUCUGUGCAUUCAUUAACAGCACAGCCAGCAGACGGAUAAUGUACAACUUUCUGCCAGCGAGUCCGCUCGCACAGCUUCUGAAGUGCUUGGUCUGUUACACUUGCCUCACCUUUAGCUGCCAGGGAUAAAAGCUACACGGCUGCAGAGGUGAAAUUGUACAGGAACAGAGGAUUUGGAGAAAGCAAUAAACUGGAAUCUGAGACAUGCAAAUGAUAUUACUUUUGCAAGUGUACGGUAAAGCAUUUUGUGGAACGAAGGAAACAGGAAAGUCUUUCAUGUGAUGCCCAGAGCUUGUUGUCUGCAGCGGAACCUAGCUCCACAUCACACCUCUGGGUGACCGUGUUCAAGCUCCUAGCCAGCUGCAUAUGCAUCCUGCCAAGGAUUUCUGAUUACAAAAGUACAAAAGAUCAGAGAAGUUGCCCCCAGGAUGUCUGGACCACCAAUUAUGAUGGUAAGCAAAAACAUUACGGACUGUCCAGUUGAUGACAACUUUAAGUACACCCUGUAUGGGUGUAUUUUUAGCAUGGUGUUUGUUCUAGGCCUGAUCGCAAAUUGCGUUGCCUUAUACAUUUUCAGUUGCACCUUAAAGGUGAGGAAUGAAACAACGACAUACAUGAUAAAUCUGGCAAUUUCAGACCUUCUAUUUGUGUUUACGCUCCCUUUUCGGAUUUUCUACUUUGCGGCCAGGAACUGGCCUUUUGGAGAUAUAUUGUGCAAGAUAUCGGUUACCCUGUUCUAUACGAACAUGUAUGGGAGCAUUUUAUUUCUAACGUGUAUCAGCGUGGACCGCUUUCUGGCAAUUGUAUAUCCUUUCCGGUCAAAGACCAUCAGGACCAAAAAGAAGGCGAAAAUUGUCUGUCUGGCAGUGUGGUUCACGGUGAUCAUGGGCAGCGCCCCGGCGAGCUUCUUCCAAUCCACCAGCAUGAACAACAAAAACAACGCUACACAUACCUGCUUUGAGAACUUCUCAGAGGAUACCUGGAAAAACUAUUUGUCAAAGAUUGUGAUUUUUAUUGAAAUAGUUGGUUUCUUCAUCCCUCUAAUCUUGAAUGUUUUCUGUUCUACAAUGGUUUUAAAAACAUUGAAGAAACCCGUGACAUUAAGCAGGAGUAAACUUAACAAAACGAAGGUGCUAAAGAUGAUCUUUGUCCACCUGGUGAUUUUUUGUUUUUGUUUCAUACCCUACAACAUCAACUUGGUGCUUUACUCCCUCAUGAGGACUCAGUCUUUCAGCAAUUGCUCAGUGAAGGCAGCAGUCAGGACUAUGUACCCUAUUACCUUAUGCAUUGCUGUAUCAAACUGCUGUUUUGACCCAAUUAUUUACUACUUUACAUCUGAGACCAUUCAGAAUUCUAUCAAGAAGAGAAACCGCCCAGUGAGGAAAGAUUCUCGCUUCUCUGAAACGCUGGGCUCAGAAAACUUUAUUCAGCAUAACCUACAGACUCUGAAAGCUAAAAUAUUUGAAAAUGAGUCCACAAUAUAAUGCUUGCACUGCUAUAUAUAACUGUAUACAUAUCUGGAUUGCCACAUCAUACAAAUUACGAAGGCCAACAAGCCAUAUCCUGUUUACGUCUAAAUUGAUUUACUAUCACAUGGCAUUUCCAUUGUGGUGAAAUUUUGAUUGUUAGCAAGCCUAUAUCCAAUUCCUUCAUUAUGAAGAGUAGUUUAUAUGAAUAUAAAUGGAGCAUUAAACAGGAAGACAGUAUAAUCUGAAAAUACGUCUGGACUGAUGAGGUACACCUAAUAGUUCAUAGGUGUCCUCUGGUAGGCUUUAUCACCUUAAUCUGAAGUGACAAUACUGUCCAGUUUUCCUAUACAACAACAUUUAUUAUAAUGUUUUUUGUUUUUUUUUAAGUAAUGUACUUCAGAUUACUGUGGCACUGCUGGCAUUCAUUAGUACAAGAGAAGUAUCUCUCAUUAGUUUACAAUGAGGUAGCGCCUUCAAUGUGUUUAAAAACUGUAUAAUUGUGUAUGUGCAUUGGUGGUUCUGGCUGUACCUGAAAGUACUUGACGAAAAUGAAAGCAAUGUUUAGUUCCUAGUAGGUCUGGUUAUUUGUAUGUGUGGCUGCUAUUUGCAUAUAGUAUAGACUCUUGAUUUCUUUGUUACAAAGUGAAUUACAAGAUAUACAAGUAUUUGCUGAUCACUUCUACGAUUAAAGGUGUUAAAUAUUAACUAUACCCUUCUUACAGAAGGCACUGACAUUUAGUAUAUUACUAAAGAUACAAAUCGUAUUUUAUAUGGAAAAUGCUCUUUAUAAACACUGUUAAUGCAAAUGCUGUGUGACUGAAUUGUGAAUGUAUUUAAGGUUGGCACUUUAAACAUGAAAAACUGGUCAACUGAUAUUUUGUUUAAUUAAAGUGCUGUCUUCAGAACUACA